GCCAGACUUCGAAUGCCUAAGGAGCAACUAGAACUUUUAAAGAAGGAAAGCCAGACUUUGGAGAACAAUUUUCGUGAAAUCUUGAUUUUAAUUGAACAAAUAGAUAUUCUGAAGGCAUUGCUUAGAGACAUGAAGGACGGUGUACACAAUCACAGCUGGCCUGUCCACCGAGAGGCUGUGCAAGACCAGGUCACCACUGCGGUUCCAGAUGAGGAAAUGUCAAACUUGGUACAUUACGUACUUAAAAAGUUCAGAGGGGACCAAAUACAGAUGGCUGAUUAUGCCCUGAAGUCAGCUGGAGCCUCUGUCAUUGAAGCUGGGACCUCAGAAAGUUACAAGAACAAUAAAGCAAAACUGUACUGGCAUGGGAUCGGGUUCCUCAAUUAUGAGAUGCCUCCAGAUAUGAUUCUUCAGCCAGAUGUCCACCCUGGAAAGUGCUGGGCCUUUCCAGGUUCCCAGGGUCAUAUCCUGAUCAAGUUAGCCAGGAAGAUCAUCCCAACAGCUGUAACCAUGGAGCACAUCUCAGAGAAGGUUUCCCCGUCAGGAAAUACCUCGAGUGCACCCAAGGAGUUCUCUGUCUAUGGUAUUAAGAAAAAAUGUGAAGGAGAAGAAAUGUUCCUAGGUCAGUUUAUAUUUAACAAAACGGAAACAACCAUUCAAACAUUUGAGCUCCAGAAUGAAGCUUCUGAAUCUUUGUUAUGUGUGAAACUUCAAAUCUUUAGCAACUGGGGACAUCCAAAGUAUACUUGUUUGUACAGAUUCAGAGUCCAUGGCAUCCCCAGUGAUCAUACUUAG